UGUAGAUGUGCAAUGGUGUUUAAAAAGAGUCUUAUGUGUGGGCACUAUUUCUUAACACCUUUAGUUGUGAAGUUUAGUCCACCAUUCACGUUUGUCAAUAUGACACCUCUAACACUUGAAUUGACAUGUGUGAGGUCAACGGAAGCUGUGGAAUUGACGAAAAUUAGUCGUAAAAAUAAGUUGUUCCAUGGGCAUUCAUUGGCUGGACUCUCGCCAAAGAGGAAGAUACGAGGGCUUAUCGACGAACACCAAAAGAGACAGGCGAGUCCACAAGUACUUUCUCCAAACCCUUCAAGUUCACCAAAAUCGCCCUCAUACAGCAACUCUGUAAACACGCAAAACACUCAUGCAAUUGGCCAACAACCAACAUCUCCAAUUUUGACAAGUGGUAGUGUAUCGUACUUACAAAGGAGUGUAUCUGAUAUGACAGACGAACGGAGAGAAACAGUCACAAUAGCUCCUUUUGGGUCUGCGAGCUUGACUGUUGCAGCUUCAACUGAAAUAAUAUCAUACAGUGUAAGGGUGACGGAUGUUACAAAAGGGUUUGGAUACGACCCGGCUGCAACGACAUCAGCGCCGAUUAACUAUUCACACAGCAGAAUAGAUAUUCCCGACUUAGUUAUUGGAAAAAGGUAUUAUUUGAGGCAAAAGAAAGAAGGGCGCACCAUUACGUUUGGGUGUCCAUACUAUUUCAAAAACAUGUCUCGUGGGUUUGUCAAAAUUAAGGGUUUUGUUACGAUUCCUCCCGAUGGUUUAAAUUACUUGUACGCGCCAUGUCAGGUCAGGAAAGAUGUUGGUAGUGCACUUCCAGACACGUUAAUAUUUGAAGGAAAUAAUGGGACAAGCGACACGAUUGAGAUACAAGUAGGUGAAACCAAAACAAUUCAUGUCAACGAUAAAAACCUCUUUAUGAGGAUAGUCCCUCAAAAGUGGGAAGGAAAGCAAACGGAUGCGUUGAAAAUAGUAGUUAUGCCACAUUACAUCUUUUCAAAUCAAACAAAGCUUUCACUGACACUUGAACCUUGUGGACUGAAGGUCGAAGCCAAAAGUGAUAUUGCAGUUCACACCCCACAAAUCAAAUUCAAAACAGAAGAAGGAGGACGUAGUUACAAAUUGGACCUGACACAGACCGACGAAUACCAAGUCAUGGUCAAAACAGGAAGUUAUUACUCAAUUUUCAACUUGAGAACUGAAAAUUUGAAAGGUACAUUUGUGACGACGUUGACGGGGACAAACACCCCAUACAUUCGUAUCGACAACCGGUCUGAUAAAAGCUUCUUGGUGAAACAGAGUUGCGAAAAUGGGAAGUACACAAUGACAGUGCAUGCAAAUAGGUCGAUACCAUUUGCGUGGGUCGACCCCAUUGGCGAGCGAAAGAUUUUUGUCAACGACGUCGCAGUGGACCCGCUCAAAAUUGAAGAGGUGUAUGAAAUCAGUAACCAGCGUGUGUCUAUCGACAUCGACGGGAGUACGACUGUACUUGUCAUUGGUGCCGAAAAGAGGAAGACUGAAGAAAUUAUAUGGACAUUAAGUGUGUGCAUCCCUGUGUUAGGAGUAUCGUUGUUUGGACGAAAUGCCCAAGAACUGUUAUCACUGACUGUCAAUACUAUCAAAGUUGAGCUGAUUCAAAUGAACAGACAUAUUGGCUUAGAGGCUCAAUUUGACUACAUCCAAUUGGAUUACCAGGGAGUCAAUUUAAGGGUAUUACCAGUCAUCAUUUCGCCACGACCAAUGGAGUGGAUUUAUGACCGAAACAAUGCAUUCUUCCAUAUUGGCCUCCUCUUGGCGACGCCAAAUCAAAACAAUUUAAAGAAGAUGUGGUACAUCUCACGAGCAACGAUCACUAUGCAACCGCUUGAGGUCUCGUUAAAAUUGGACAUUUUGCAAAGUCUCUUCCAAGCGUAUUAUGAGUAUCCCGCCCUCUUCAUGUCAUUGGACGACUCGGAUUCAACGCCGAGUGAAAUUCGUUUAAUCAUCGACAGAGUUAUUAUCAAUUCGAUUGAUGUCAACAUUUCAAUAGAGAAGGGGGCACAAAAGCCACCCAAACACAUGACAGUACUACGAACGUUAUAUGAUGUAGUUGAUAUGGACGUAGACAGAAUCCCAGUCAAGUUGUGGCAGCAGAAGUACUUGAACAAGAGCUUUUCGCAAACAACGUUUUGGAGGCAAAUCAAAGAGAAGUGGAUGGAUGAUUUGGGGCAGCUGAAGUGGGUUGUGAUUGGGAAACUCUUUGGACUUCGAGCUGUUGGAAAUGCGCAAGACAAUCGUCGCGAGACGACAGAAAAGUUCCAAUUGUGUGAUGUGAACGAGUUGAAUGAUGAGAACAAAGCAAGCAUUGACAUGUUCUUUGGGAGAGAAGAGAGUGUGUGUUUGAAAAAAUCAAGACGGGACAAAGAGCCUUCGCACGCACAGAAAGACGUUCCGACUGGGAUAGUCGAGGCACAGCAAUCGACCUUUGAUUACUCUGUUUUGGACGCGACAAAGAAUUUGGGGACUUCUGUUGUACGAGGAGUGAAAGGUGUGUGGAAGACUUCAAUUGGAAUGACAAACAUUGCUGGGACACAAAAAAGGAGUUUGGCACCAGCGGGAUUCAUGGGAGGCGUCUUGGUUGGGGCUGCUGGAUUUGUGUUGAAGCCAUUAGAUGGUGUGAUAGGCAUAUUUAAAGGGUUGAACGAUGGGAUGACUGGUGUCACUUUUGGCCAAAUUGCAAAAGAAAGAAUGCGUCCUGUGAGGUAUUGUAAGUAUGGGCUGACCAAAUUUGACUAUUUUAUAUCGCAAGGAUGGUCACUUUUCAUGGAAGGAUGUCCACAAUACCAGAGCGAUGGGUUCACAUCAUGGCAAAAGCAAACUAAGGAAGACAUGAUCAUUGCGAUGAUCUUCACGUGUGUCUCAUUGAUUUGCGUGAAAAAGAAAAUCGGGGAACUUGCGGAGUUUGUGUGGCGAGUUCCAUAUGUGAAAAUCGAUUCGUUUGGGUUUGAUGGGAACAACAUUGUGUUGCAACUGAAAGUAGAAAUGAAAUCCGGUCUUUUCAAGAAAAGGAACACAUUUAAAAUUGAAGAUUGGCCUGUCGAUAGAAUCCCUGAGAUGAAAGAGAUGAUCGACAAAAUACGGGGACAGUAUGUUGCAAUGAGAUGA